AUGAGCACCGAUAUGGAUACAUUCGCGGCGCGCCUUGCCAGCUUUGACACCGUGCUUAAACCCGAGAGGCGGUCCUCGACCACGAAAAGCUCCAAAACGAUCGGAUGGCCUCACCACAGUCCUUCACCAGCCGAGUUGGCGCAUGCAGGCUUCUACUACAAACCCUACGAAACAAACCCCGACAACACAACAUGUUUCCAGUGCAACCGCGCAUUGGAUGGAUGGGAGGAGGAAGAUAAUCCGAUCACAGAACAUCUCAAGCACUCGCCGGACUGCGGCUGGGCGAUCAUCAUGGAUAUCCAGCAGCGAAGCUCGAACCCGGCUACUAUCGAAGACCCGACCGGUGACCGUAUCACCCAAGCUCGAAUCGCGACAUUUGGAGCGGCCUGGCCGCAUGAUGGAAAACGCGGAUGGGUCUGUCAAUCGGAGAAGAUGGUUGAGGGUGGAUGGUACUUCUGCCCGAGUGAAGAGAGCGAUGACCUGGCCAGUUGUCCCUACUGCAAGCUCUCGCUCGAUGGUUGGGAGCCCAAGGACGAUCCUUUUGAUGAACACUAUCGCCGCUCCUCGGAUUGUUCUUUCUUCGUGUUCGCUCAACCUCCUGCCAAAAAGGGCAAAGGAUCCAAAUCAAAGAAGGGCCGUACUUCCAAAGCAUCAUCCCGACUCUCGACCCAAUCCGUUGCCACUACUACAUCCGAAGCUCUUGAAAUGGAUGUCGAUGAAUCAAUGGACCAGAGCAUAAUGUCCCAAGCGACUGUCAAGCCGAAGACUUCCAAGAAGGGAACUAAGGGCAAGGGCAAAAGCUCGAAGAGCAAGAAGGAGGAUGUGGAGGUAGAAAGCCAGGUGGAUGUCGACGAGAUCGAGCUUGUACAGUCUAAGCUUGAGCCGGUGAAGCCCAAGCGUGGCACCAAAGGAAAGAAGCGAGUCAGUGAAGAGAUGAACAAUGACGAGCCGGAGCCAGUUCAAGAAGACUUCCACGAAUCUCCCCCUCCUCCAGAACCACCAGCGAAGCGACGUGCGACAAAAACACGCAGCAGCGUUUCCCAAGCCUUCGAUUAUGACCAUAUCAUGGCGGAUACGGGCUCAGUGGAUGAAGCACCUCAGGAGGAAACUGCCAAGAAGGGUCGCAAGAAGAAGGGCACAUCCAAAAGCCGCAAGGCCUCCGAUGUGUCUGUUGCUUCUAAAUCUACGUCCAAGGCGCAUGUACCUCGCGAUUCAGAGUUGGAGGCCGCUUUAGAAGCCGGUCUUGACGCAGAUGUUCCCGAGCCUGCAGAAGAAGAAGAACAGGAACCAGAGCCUGAAAAGCCUCGCCCAUCAAAGAAGAACAAAGGCGGCAAGAAAGCUAAGGCUGCUGCCGAGUCACCCGAACCCCCGCAGGAACCAGAAGAACCCGAAUUCGACCAAGACGAGCAGCCAGAUGCUGCUGUGGAGCCGCAUGUGCCUGAAAUGGAGGAGCACCAAGUCCCGGAGGAGCCAGAGGAACCCGAAGAACCAGUUCUCAAGUCGAAGCUAGCAAAGGCAUCUAAAAAGAAGGGAAGCAAGAAGAGCAAGAAGGAAGAAUCUUCAAAGGCUCCAGCUACUCAAGACAUGUCCGAAUUCAAAUCUGCAGCCGAGGACCGACGUGAAUCUGAUCGCCACGAAUCUUUUGUCUCGGUGGAAAUCACAAACAAGGAAUCCGAGUCUCAACGAGAGCCUGAGACAGAACCCGAAGAAAAAGUCGUAAAGAAAAAGUCCUCGAAGAAGGAUGUCAAGGCAAAGAAGUCAAAAAAGUCCAAAAAGACGGAAGAGUCACCUCCCCCAGAGCCGGUCCAGGAACAAAGAGACUUCAGACCGCCAUCUCGAGACGUCGACGACGUAUUCGGAACGCCAGAUGAUAUUUCCGAUCAAGUCGAGAUGGUUGCAGCACCUCAUGCACCCUCUCCGGAGCCACCUGUCGCCCACGAAAGGACACCAGUGCCAGUAAAGACGACGAAACGAUUUAGUGACAUUCCUCAGGAGGAGCAUCUUGCACAGUCCUUCUCUGAAUCGCAAGGGUCGGCCAGGAAAGAACGGCUAAAGCCUCAACGUACCUCCGAGUCAUCCAACAGAGCAGUGUCACCACUUCCGACAGCUCGUCUGAGUACGCCAUCCAUGUCGCCACAGUCCUCUGAUGCUGAAAACCAUCCCCCUUCAUCCCGUCCUUCAACAACCGGGCCGGCUGUACCGUCAGCAUCCAAGGAGCUCAAGCCCCGAACCCCACUGGUUGCCAGCACCCCGUCUCCGUCGAAGCGCAAUGCCAAUGCUGGAUUCCCGCCAUCCGGACAUCCCUGGACGCCUGUGGAUAUUGAUGAGGUUCUCUUCGGGGAGGCCAGUGAUAAAGAGAAUGCCGACUUGGUCGGUAUGUUCAAGAACGUCAAAGGAACUUUGACCAGUCCGGAGAAGAAGAUGACGGUAGAGGAGUGGAUUGUGUGGAAUGCAAAGAACGGCGAGGAGCACCUGAAGAGAGAGUGUGAACGGCUCGUCAGCCAGUUCGAGAAGGAGGGUGGCCGGGCCAUGCAGCGGCUCGAGGCCAUCGAGUGCAUGGAUUAA